UCAGCAUCAGCAUGGGCACGCAGCUCAAAGGGGCGUGUUGUAUCUGCGUACUUAUUUCUAUGGCGUUAGCAUUGUGUUGCACAAAAACGACCAGAAAUGGCGGCGCUUCUCCGAGCUUUAAGUACAGGAAGGGCAUUUCGGGGGCUGCGUAGCGUCGUGGUGGUACCAACGGCAAAACGUCACCGCGUCAGUCCCAAAAGAGGCUUCAGCUGUGCAGCUCUGAGGCUUCAAGAUGAAUCCAAAUCAAAAGAAUACACGCGCUUUGCUGGUAACGGCCCAGCAGCAGCUUCACCGGGAGACGCAGCAGCUAAGCCGGUAGCGGAUGAGUCCACCGGACCAAGAAGUAGUUACCAGCAUCAGGGUGGUGAGCAAGAUGAGGAGUAUAAAACAGAGGAGCAGCUUCAAGCUCAAAUCCUCGACGCUGCUUUGGAAUUUGUCCCACAGCAUGGCUGGACUAUGGAGGCCAUUGCGGCUGGUGCUGAGACCCUAGGCCUGUCGUCUGCUUCCACUGGUAUGUUCUAUAAUGGAGCUGGAGACCUGGUCCUACAUUUCAUCGCUCAAUGUAAUUCACAACUGGCAGAGACACUAGCAGAACAACAGAAGCAGGUCCAGUUGGGCCAAGAAGAACCAAAGAAGACCGCUGACUUUCUAAGAGAUGCCGUCGAGACGAGACUGAGGAUGCAAAUCCCCUAUAUAGAAACAUGGCCACAGGCAAUGAGCAUUCUGCUCCUGCCUCACAACAUCCCUAAAAGUCUGAAACACCUUUCCACCCUGGUGGAUGACAUCUGGUACCAUGCUGGAGACAGAUCUAUAGAUGUGAGUGGGUCGAUUCCCGUGCAUCCUUUUCCUCACCAUUUACUGCAAGGAAAGCACUUCACCUGACUAUUGGGUUCCUCUUGGCGUAAUCAUAAACUAUUAACAAUUUGAAGAAAAACAAUUCUGUGGAGUUAGAUUUUUAUGCUGAUUAACACUAAAAUUGGCAUGCUGAUUCCAAAAUUGCAGUCAUUUUUAUUUAUUUUUAUUUUUUUUUAUAGCACAUCAAGUUUUUUCUCCACAGCUUACCCUCCAGAGAAGCAAAAUUCCAUUGAUUAGCUAUAGUAAAAGUUGCCAGCUGAUUAUGAUUGGACUCAUUGACAGCUACGUGGCAACUUGUUUGUGCAGUCACAAUUGAGGCAGUGCGGUGAGAGGUGUGUGCAGCUCCCAAUAGGUCAGUACUAACAAUAAUUGCAAACAGGAAGCUAGCAUAGUAGGAAUUAAGGGGAUUUGUGCCAUAGCCUUUGUAAAAGAUAAUAGUGUGAAAUAAACAUUCUUUCAUAUUUCAUUGUAUGUCAAUAUUUGAAAAGUUUUACAAAGCAAGCAAAUAUCUGCUAAGUACAGUAUUUUUCAUAUUUUUUAAGAAAACAGGGCGCUAUAGUUAAAAAAUUUGACGUGAUAGAGAAAAACUUUUCGAUUCCGCACCCAAAAAUUUGUUAAAAACCUAACUCAACAAAAAUUGUGUUCCCCAGUGUAAGAGUGAUCUUUGUUUUGAGACAUUUCCCUUUUUUUUAGUUCUCUCCCAUUUCCAUCUAUGUAGAUGAACUGGUACAGUAAACGAGCAGCACUGACUGGCAUCUAUAACACCACCGAGCUAGUGAUGCUUGAGGAUUCCUCCCCAGACUUCCAGGACAGUUGGAACUUCCUUGACAACCGUA